UCAAUUCAUCCAUCUUGCUCGUGCUCAUGUCCUUGUUAGAGAGAAAUCAACUUCGUGUUUGACCUCACAUUUGAUACAGAUUACAGAUUCUGAUUGAUAUAUAUAGAGAGAGAUCUUCUUUUACUGAUAUAGCUAUUCAUCACUGUUUGUUCUUCAUAUCGGGAUCGGAAGCGGUUGGAGUUUCUGAUUUGAUUCAGUAUUUGUCAGAUUCUGUCGUGGAAAGAACCAAUUGCUGAUGAAACUUGGAGUUUAAUUCUUUGAUUUUAGAAUGAUGAACAGAGAAACUAGAGGUUCAGAUAGCAACGCGUUGGAUACGAUAAGCGCUGCCGCUACGGCGAUCGCAUCGGCGGAGAGUCGUGCUCCUCAAGCUUUUGUUCAGAAAAAAAGAUGGAGAAGCUUUUGGAAUGUAUACUGGUGUUUCGGAUCACAAAAACAGAGUAAGAAAAUCGGGCAUGCUGUACUCGUCCCGGAAACUGUAUCUUCAGUAACAGAGGUGUCUGCAUCUCAAAACCUAAUCCAAUCAUCAAGUAUAGUGCUUCCAUUUGCAGCACCUCCUUCAUCCCCUGCAUCAUUCCUUCCAUCAGAACCUCAUUCAGCUAUUCAAUCACCAGCAGGAUUCAUGUCUCUUUCAUCCAUAUCUGCUAAUAUGUAUUCACCCGGGCCUGCUAACAUUUUCGCUAUAGGCCCUUAUGCCCACGAGACGCAGUUGGUUUCGCCGCCAGUUUUCUCUACCUUUACCACUGAACCGUCCACUGCCCCUUAUACACCACCUCCUGAAUCAGUUCAGCUGACCACACCUUCCUCACCCGAGGUUCCAUUUGCUAGGCUUCUUGAUCCUUAUCCUAUGAGCCAAUAUGAAUUCCAGAAUUAUCAGUUUCAACCUGGAAGCCCUGUGAGCCAUUUAAUAUCACCUAUAUCAGGAUCAGGCACUUCGUCGCCUCUGAAACUAAUGAAUCUUGAAAAGCAAUACGGUCGUUAUUGGGGGUCUGGUACAAUGACCCCUGAUUCUUGUUUUCAUCUUUACAGACAAAAUUCAGAUAUUGCCCCUCUUCCUCCUAGAAUGGUGGAAACAGUUGUAUUGGAUCAUAGGGUGUCGUUUGAAGUGACUGCUGAAGAUGUGGUUAGAUGUCUUGCGAAGGAAUCAUUAGCUAAUAAGGCUGCGGCUGCUGCUGCUGCUGCUGGAGUAAUGGCCACACUUCCUCCUCGGACAGUUGAAACUUGUGGUGAAGGAGAUGAUUUUCAUAGGGGGCCGAGACAUCGAUCUAUAACUCUUGGCUCGUCGAAGGAGUUCAAUUUCGAUAAUAUUGAUGACGGAAGAGGUUCAGAUAAGAUGAUGAUUGGUUCUGAUUGGUGGGCAGCUGAUGAGAAGGUCAGCAGCAGUCCUGGCAAUGACUGGUCCUUCUUCCCCAUCAUGCAUCAUCCAGGAGUCAGCUGACCAAUCAAUCGCGAAACCCGACAGGCACAAGUUAGUUGGAACUAUCUCAUUCUCUUUGUUUCUUUCUGUUAAUGGAACUUUUGAGUUAUAGAGGUAGAAUUGAAUUGAAUUGAAUAGAUCUGAGAAUUUCAGUCUCUGAUGAAGAAAGAAAGAAUUUCAGUCCCAUUUGUGGUCCAAAUCUUUUAAAGUAGUUUUUAGUUACUUACACAUCAUGUAAUAUUUGUUCCACACAGAACAUCUAGAGUUGUUUUAGACUAGAUUAAAUGCUGGGUUUUGUUUUGAAGUG